AUGGAUAUGCUUUCUUCUGUUGUAUCUGGUUUUAUUGUUGAGGUAGGGAAGUACAUGUGUAAAUACAUCUAUCCUAAGAUUGAAAAUAUUGUCUGUAUCUCGUCAAAGAUUGAAAAUCUAAGGGAGGAAAUGAAGAAUCUAACAAAGUUUAGAGAUGAUAUCAAUGCAAAGGUGGAUGAAGGUGAGGGAGAAGGCUAUAAACCAAAACCAGAUGUUGUCAACCUUCGCUCAGAAGUCUUCACUCAAGCACGGAACUUCCGAGAUCAACUUAGCAGGCUUAAAGAGGUCAGAGAAAACUUUGGAUCCAAUUUGGUGGUAGAAAAUUACCAAGUGAAAAAAGUUGAGUUCAUCCCGGGACCAUCAAUAGAAGGUCAGUCAACAGCAACAAGGAAUCUCAACAAAAUCCUGCAACUGUUAGAAGAUGAUAAGGUAUGCAUCAUCGGUAUGUGGGGUACCGGAGGAGUUGGGAAAACAACAUUGGUAAGUAAUCUGAACAAUGAGCUCCUAAAGACGGAUGUGUUAGGUCCUAAACUGUCUUUUGGUGUAGUGGUAUGGGUUACAGUGCCCAAACCGCCAAUAGACGUAAGAAAUGUUCAAGCACAAAUUGCUAGCAGAUUAAACCUAAAGGUAGAUAAUGAGGGAAGUGUAAAAAGCAUUGCCAGCAAAAUCUAUCAAAGACUCGAGCAAGAAAAGAGUUUCCUUCUCAUACUAGAUGAUGUUUGGGAGCCUAUAAAUUUGGAUGACGUAGGCGUGCCCCAACCUGAAGAUCCCGCAAGAAGCAAGGUCAUUAUAACUUCUCGUUCUUUGGAUGUUUGUAAGCAAAUGAAAAUAGACACUGAAAUGAAGGUUUACACAUUGGAUGCGGAUGAAUCUUGGCAACUAUUUGUCAAAAAUGCGGGAGAUAGUGCCAAUCUGGAGCAUAUUCAAUCAUUCGCAAAGGAUAUUGUAAGAGAGUGUGGUGGUUUACCUUUAGCAAUCACUGUUAUUGGAACAUCUAUGAGAGGCAAGAAUAGGGUCGAGCUCUGGGAAGAUGCUUUGAAAUCACUUAGAAUAUCCACACCUCAUAACAAAGAAGUAGAAAAAAAGGUUUACAACGUCAUCAAGUGGAGUUUUGAUUCUUUAGAAUCUCAGGAUGAUAUUGAAUUAUCCUCAGAGCAUGAGAACAAAAAGAGAGGUGACAUUCGAAGUUGUUUCUUGUAUUGCUCCUUAUAUCCGGCAGCAAUGUCAACAAAUGAUAUCAUACAUUGCUGGUGGGCAGAGGGGUUCCUCGGUGAACAUGACACAUAUGAAGAAACCUACAACAGGGGAAUCACAAUGAUUGAAAGUCUAAAAGAUGCCUGCUUGCUAGAAGCUGAUAAGGUGGAUUAUGUGAAGAUGCAUGAUGUGGUUCGUGAUGUUGCUAAAUGGAUAGAUGAAUCCAUUUCACAUAAUGAAGUGCCAGCUUCUGUCAAGAGAUUGUCUUUCAUAAGCAACAAAAUUGAGCACCUCACAGAAUGCCCAGAGACAACAACUUUACUAUUGCAAGACAAUUAUAGCCUUAGGGAAAUUCCCCAUGAAUUCUUUUUGUUAUUUCCAGCACUAAGAGUUAGUUUACCACCUAUUGGUAAUCUUUGCAGUUUGCAAUUGCUCGAUUGUGAUAAUACAAGGUUAUGUUGUCUACCGCAAGGAAUGGACAAGUUGAUAAAUCUGAGGCUAUUAGAUCUGCCUGUAUGUAAUUUUGAGAAGAGCAUCGGCGAAGGACUUUUCCUCAAAUUGCCUAGGAUUGAAAUGUUAAAUAUUCGGAGAGACCGUCACAGACUGACGUCUUUUGAUGAGAUAUCGUCUCUACACAAUCUGACUUUUCUUUAUAUUAAUUUUGAUAGCUCAUCAAUUUUGAAUAGAGACUACACCUGGAUGAAAAGAUUGAACAUUGAAAUUGGGGAAACUUCAAUGAGUAUACCAUUCAAUAAGUCAAGAAAGAUGAUAAGCGUCUUGGAUUGUGAAAAUUUCAAGCAUUCAGGCAUGUUGCAGUUUGCUUCAGAUUUGUACUUGUUAAAAUGCAUGGGUCUCGGGAAGUUGAUUGUGAACAAGAAGAGUACUUUUAAUGGUUUAAAAUCACUCUACAUAGAGCAUUGUUCUUGUGAUUUCGGAGAAGCGGUACAAGGAAGUGGACAGUUUGACCCUCUGCCAAAUCUGGAAUAUCUCAGCCUCGUUGCAGUAUAUAAUUUAAAGAGUGUUUCUGAUUUCGGUCAACUUCUGGGUCUAAAUUACAACAACUGGAUGCAUUCGGUUGUUCAAGUUUAA